CAUCAUAGGUAGAUGCACUUUGUAUUAUCCAAGACGACGAAGACGAUGUCAAGAAAACUAUCAAUCGGAUGGACCUAAUUUACGGAUACGCCCAACUCACUAUCAUCAACGCAUCCGGAGCGGAAGCCAAUUCCGGCUUCUCGCGCAGGUCAGACGACAAGCCCGUGCAAGUCAUAGAGACAUUGAAGCCAGGGCUGGAGGUCAUGCUUGCAACUCCCUUCGAAGACAGCUUGGAGCACACCAUCUAUGCAUCUAGAGCUUGGACAUUCCAGGAGCGUCUGCUAGCAUCACGGUGUGUAGUCCUCCUUGACGGCCGAACCUACUUCCACUGCCGCCGGGGCUUCUUCACAGAAGAUAUCAACAUAGACGCGAAAGGCCGGCAACACUCGCAGAUGGAGAUGUAUAGACUCCCUAUUGACGUACUCAACGAGCUGGCUGGAUACCGCUCAUUUGCGAGAGCCGUCCAGGAAUACUCCAAACGAAACCUGACCGACGAAAACGACGCCCUAAACGGCUUCGCCGGCACCCAAAACGUGCUCAGCAGCAAAGUCUACUCAUCAUUCUUCCAAGGCCUGCCCGCUGCGCAAUUCGAUCUCGCGCUACUCUGGCAGCCUGAAGGGCGGCUCCGGCGACGCAAGGGCUUCCCGAGCUGGUCGUGGGCGGGAUGGGAAGGCUAUGUCUCGUUCCAACCUCUCCUGAACGAGAUGUGGUACAAGAAGCUACACCGGUGGCUGCAUUUCCACACUUUCAUCGUCUGGUACCGGUUCUGCACGAAGACUAACCAGUGGAAGCCCGUCUGGAACGAAGAGGACCAUAGGGCAGCGUGCAAGUAUUACAAGGCUCCGUAUCUGUAUGCCGGGUAUGUCAAGGCGACGGAAGGCGUCUCGGAUCCGUAUGGACGGUCGAGCGAACCUCUGUCCUGGCUUCCGAAGGGGCGAACGACGCUGCCGUCUCCUCUGGACGGCGAGAUUGGAGUAUCGUCGACUGCUCUGCUCGCGUUCUGGACGUAUUGCACGAGCUUUCGUGUUGAGAUUGGCCCAGACAAUCCAGAUUCCAAAGACGACUCACAAAAUCAGGCAGACAGACCUCCUGGGAAAGACUUUUCCUCUAAUGGCAAUGCAAAGCCGCCAGCCGGCUUGCGAUACUUCGAUCUUCACGACUGCAACGGGAACGUCUGCGGCUAUUUAGAUGUCGAUUGCAGCCAGACCGUUCAAACUGGAGCCGUUCUCGAUGUGCUAGUGUUGUGUGAGGCUGAGCUCUCGAAGAAAGAGGACGAUGUCGAAGACCCCUGGCGUGUUGGGUAUGCAGCGGAAUUGGUCGAGAAGUGGAGUGCUGUGGUUGUCAUGGCAGUUAUGUGGCAGGACGGGGUAGCUGAGAGGGUAGCCCUGGGGAAGUUGAUGAGAGCGGCGUUGGAGAAAGGGGUGAGCGGGGGAGAUGGGGAAGGGGGUUGGCGGAGGGCGGAGAAGGUGUGGAGGGAAGUGCUUCUGAGAUAGUCUAGGGAACUAGAAAGCCUCAUCACGCCAAAGGACUUACAGUACUAGGACGAAGGUUUCCUCGCACCUUUCUGACACCGCUUGUGUUGCUUGAAGACCUAGAGCGAUUCGCCAAAGGUCUAGUCUGUGUACACCUUUCUUCCACCGCCUGAAGU